CCCGCCUCUUUGGCCGGCUGGGGACGGAAACCCUAGAUGAUCCCUUUGAGCGGCUUUUGCCACAAUAUAUAAAUGCACAGAUUGAUAUCUUCUUUACGCCCUAUCUUCUUCUUCCCAGCUGUUGCCGCCGUCGCUCUUCGGCUUCUGUAUAUCUAAGAUUUGCUGGCGAACUCUUUCAUGCUCUCAUAGGGAAUAGAUGGCUCCUGCACAGCCGAAGACGGGUCUUUUUGUUGGGCUCAACAAAGGUCAUAUCGUCACCAAACGGGAGUUGCCGCCUCGUCCUUCAAGCAGGAAAGGGAAAACUAGCAAGAGGGUGCAUUUUGUGAGGAAUUUGAUACGGGAAGUUGCUGGGUUUGCACCUUAUGAGAAAAGGAUCACCGAGCUUCUGAAAGUUGGAAAGGAUAAGCGUGCAUUGAAAGUUGCUAAAAGAAAAUUAGGCACUCACAAAAGAGCUAAGAAGAAGAGAGAGGAGAUGGCUAAUGUUCUGAGAAAGAUGAGAUCUGCUGGCGUUUCUGAGAAGAAAAAGUGAGGAAUUCCUUCCACAUGCAGUUGGAGCCUAUGUGCUUGCAUUUAGAGAACUAAUUAUCAAUCUCUUUUGGCUUUUGCUAUGUUUGUUUUUGUUUUAUUCUGGUUUUAGGCACAUUUUUGAACUUACUGUUUGUUACUCUAUUUCCUAUCAAUCUUUCCUGGAUUGAUGAACAAGGAUGAACAAUUUGUCUAUUUUAUCAUUUCUAAUGUGGAAUGUUAGUCUUGGUUAAGCAACCUAAUAGAGGUAAUGAAGUUUUAUAUUUAGAUC